AUGUCUGGCGACACUUCCAAGCCCAAGAGGCGAAUCCUAGUAUCAUAUGGCGUUGAUAUAGAUGCAAUAGCUGGAUGGUUGGGCUCAUACAAGGGCGAAGACUCGACCAGUGACAUCUCUCGAGGCUACUUCGCCGGCACAGAAGGUGUGAAAAGGCUGUUGAAGCUGUUUGAUAAAUACAACAUCAAGGCUUCUUGGUUCAUUCCUGGUCACAGUUUAGAAACGUUUCCGGAAGAAUGUGCUAUGGUUCGGGAUGCUGGACAUGAAAUAGGGUUGCACGGAUACACCCAUGAGAACCCCGUUGACAUGACAUUCGAACAGCAACGCGAUGUGCUUGACUAUACGUACCGAAUGCUUACAGACUUCUGUCAUGGAAAGACGCCUCGAGGAAUAGUGGCUCCUUGGUGGGAGGUUAGCAGAGAAGCGACAGAACUAUUGCUCCAAUACGGCAUUGAGUAUGACCACAGCAUGAGUCACCACGACUGUCAAGCAUACUACCUCCGGACGGGAGACAACUGGACAAAGAUCGAUUACGGCAAAACAGCUGCAGAGUGGAUGAAGCCUUUCACCAAGGGUCAGGAAACUGGGCUCGUAGAGAUUCCAGCAAACUGGUACCUGGAUGACUUGCCACCAAUGAUGUUCAUGAAAAAAGUCCCAAACAGCCAUGGCUGGGUCAAUCCGAGAGAUGUUGAAGACUUGUGGCGGGACCAUUUCGACUACUUUUACAGGGAAGAGAAAGAGGGAUUUUAUUUCCCCAUGACCAUCCACCCAGAUGUGUCGGGCAGGCCGCAUGCCUUGCUCAUGCAUGAAAGACUGAUCGAGCACAUUAACAAACACGAGGGUGUCGAAUGGGUGACAAUGGCAGAGAUGGUCGAUCAUUUUAAGAGUACACAUCAACCUGCCGAAGGGGCCAUGAUGCCAGCACCGCCGGGAGAGAUUCUAUCCAAGAACGAGAAGUAG